UGACGUCAUAGAGUCACGGUCUUCCCUCCGUUUGUGGUUGUAAUCUGUACGUAAAGUCGGUUUGGGAGAAGGUGCUUUCCUUAGGUUUCGCGCGUGAACAAUGGGCAAACAAAACAGCAAACUCAAGCCCGAGGUAUUGGCGGAUCUGAAAGAGAACACUGAGUUUAACGAGCACGAGCUACAUGAAUGGUACAAGGGAUUCCUCAAGGAUUGCCCGAGCGGUUAUCUCUCUGUGGAAGAGUUCAAGAAAAUCUAUGGUAACUUCUUCCCGUACGGUGACGCAUCCAAGUUCGCAGAGCACGUGUUCCGGACGUUCGAUAGCAAUGGCGACGGCACUAUCGACUUCCGUGAAUUCAUCUGCGCCUUGUCCGUGACAUCGCGCGGUAAACUCGAGCAGAAGCUUAAGUGGGCUUUUAGCAUGUAUGAUUUGGAUGGUAAUGGUUUUAUCUCCCGACAAGAGAUGCUGGAAAUCGUCAAGGCCAUCUACAAGAUGGUGGGCUCCGUAAUGAAAAUGCCUGAAGACGAGAGCACGCCAGAGAAACGGACUGAUAAGAUUUUUAAGCAAAUGGAUAAAAAUUUGGAUGGAAAGCUUUCUCUAGCCGAGUUCAUCGAAGGGGCCAAAAGCGAUCCGUCGAUCGUGCGCCUACUCCAAUGCGACCCUGCACAAGGAUCUUCGGGGGAAAUGGGGAAACAAAAUAGUAAGCUCAGGCCGGAGCAGAUUACCGACCUUGUUCAACAGACAGAAUUUAACGAACAAGAACUACAAGAAUGGUACAAAGGUUUCCUUAAAGACUGCCCCAGUGGUCACCUUACUGUGGAAGAGUUCAAGAAAAUCUAUGGCAAUUUUUUCCCGUACGGCGACGCGUCCAAGUUUGCGGAGCACGUUUUUCGUACGUUUGAUAAGAACGAGGAUGGUACGAUCGACUUCCGUGAGUUCAUCUGCGCUUUGUCGGUGACUUCGCGCGGAAAACUCGAGCAGAAGCUUAAAUGGGCGUUCAGCAUGUACGACUUGGAUGGCAAUGGUUACAUUUCAAAGGAAGAAAUGUUAGAAAUCGUCAGGGCCAUCUAUAAGAUGGUAGGAUCUGUGAUGAAAAUGCCCGAAGACGAGAGCACGCCAGAAAAACGAGUAGAGAAGAUUUUCCAGCAAAUGGAUAAAAAUCUGGAUGGAAGGCUCUCACAAGCUGAGUUUAUCGAAGGAGCCAAAAGCGACCCCUCAAUCGUGCGCCUACUGCAAUGCGACCCUGCUGGGGGCUCCGGCUAGGCUUGGAACAAAAUUUUAUUGUGAAUAGUUGUCAAUGUAUUAUCUUGGCCGAAAGCUGUUUAAUAGUAUGCCUUUUAUCCUUUAGACAAGACAAGCACCCCCCGGUUUUGUGCUCAUACUUACUGCCUUGAAAUUGGAGCAGUGGCUUUUGUACACUGUUAGUGUUGAGUAAAUAAAUAACUUAGACGUUCUCAAUGGAUUAUUUGCUUGCUUGUUGUAUCGCCAGCUGGUUGGAAAUGCUUCGUUUUUUGCAUAAGUUUAAAAUGACUUUGUGUGCCAUCUUUCACUUAUUUAUCUGUGAGUAAUCCUUCGUCUCCUCAAUGUUAGAUUAAUUAAACAAACCUUGUCGCAAUCAUUGGUAAGUAUUCGGGUUGUGUGUUUCGCAGGGUCCAAUAAUUUUCUUGUAUUAAGAUCGUUUUCGGCCAGCAAGUUGUCAAUAAAUUACUUGUAUGAAGCGUGA